CGAAAAUCUCCUCCCGCUACCAACUUACAAAAAGAAUUCUUGUUAAUCAUGCCACAUAACACCAACAUGCUUGCGCGAUUCAUGUGAGCCAUUUUUUAGAUAUGACCGUGGAACCGGUGCAACCCGUAUCAAGUGAGGCAGCCGUGCAAGCCAAACCAUGUCAUUAAGAAAAGAUAACUGAGGAACAUUCAUACGCUGCUCCCAGCUGGCUGAGGUGACAGCUAACUCCUCACAAAUCCUAAAUGCUUCGGGGCCAUGUGAUUAAGGCGGAGGCGACGAAGGUAGCUGCGUCUGAGAAAACGGCUAUUAAGAAAGAAACGAGAAGGAGCAUGGAAUUUAAUUCUCCAGCCUGUCGUUGAAGGAUAUAGCUCGGAAGGCGGUGCAAAAGUAGUGGGGAGCGAGGGUGACAGAUUCCACUCCGCUGCACGCUCGGUCGCCUCGUUUGAAUGCGCGCCCGCCGGGGUCUCUCCCCGCAGGGAAAGGACGCGUUAAAACCGCGUUUUUCUACUGCAACCACCACACCAUACUCUGAGCCCUCUGUUCUUGGUAAAUUAAGAAGACCGUGUUUUCUACCGCAUCCACAGUAAUUUGAGCCCUUCUUCUGCCGUCCCUCUCUGUGGUCGACCCACACCCCACGCUUCCCACGAGACUUGACCAUCUCUUGUACGUGACCCAGCUCUGUCUUCCCCACGCCCGUUCUAAUUUUGCACAUUGCACGACAAGCACCAUUUGCGUGGUGCCUUAACUUUUCUUGCACCGUCCUUCACCCAAGCAUUCGAUCGAUCGUUGGGACCCCGCCUCCACAUAUCAAUUGCCGUCUUAGGCAACCACAUCGUCGCCAAUUUCCCCUGGGGGACUCCGCCGCAGCACCCUAUAAAAACGAGGCUUGGACAGCACGCGCAGAUAUGCCUCCCGGCAGCAGCACCGGAAGAACCGACGGAGAUGCGCGACAAGGUUGGGAGCAUCAUCCGGCCCUAUCUACAUGAGAGGACGAGCGACAAGGUAAGGUUAAGACGGGAAGCCGCUGAGCAUGACGACAAACACGUCGGCGGCGACGCCCACAGAAGCUCCGCCCGCCCCCUGAACGGCCAUCACCACCACCAUCCUCGGUGGCAGCCGCCUGGCGGUAGUAUGAUGAACGGCGGAAGCAGCAGCAGGAAGAGCAGCAAAUGGACCGCUGCCCUUUUGCCUCCCAAACGCGCCUUCAUCGCUAGCCUGUCGAUAGAGGACGUGGCCGGGAUUGCGAGGCAUCAUCCCCUACCCUCUCUGUUGUGCAUUUCCUUGCUCUUCUUCAUGGGCGUGGAGUACACCCAUGGAAUGGUUCCUUCCUUGGCCCCACCCGUGGACCUCGGUUUCGUCCUCACGCAGCCCCUCCACAGCCUCCUCGCCACCAGGCCCUCCCUCAACUCGGCCCUCGCCGCCCUCAACACCGUGUUCGUGGGCAUGCAGAUCGCGUACAUACUAUGGACCUUGCUGGUGGAGGGGAGGCCGCGGCCUACCAUCGCAACUCUCUUCAUGUUUGCGUCAAGGGGUAUACUCGGAUCCGCGACCCAGCUCCCGCUGCCGCAGGGCUUCCUGGGCUCGGGUGCGGAUUUCCCUGUGGGCAACGUGUCCUUCUUCCUCUUCUUCUCAGGGCAUGUGGCGGCGGCGGUGAUCGCGUCUCUGGACAUGCGGCGGACGCGGCGGCACGGGAUGGCCUGGGCCUUCGAUGCCCUCAACAUGCUGCAGGGGCUGCGGCUGCUCGCUUCCAGGGGCCACUACACCAUCGACUUGGCCGUUGGGGUCGGAGCUGGCUUCCUCUUUGACAUCCUCGCCGGGAAUUACGAGGAUAGCAGGAGGCAUGCGGCGGCCGGCGAGUACCAGAAACCAGAACGAGUAUGUUGCGCCUGCGACUGCAGCAGUGGCAGCUGCUCUUCAUAGCCAUUCCCAUAUAUCACCAAGAUGAAAACUGGUACCAAGCCAGCUUAGCUUCUAAUGAGGUGGGAAGCAGCAUUACAUCGAGGUUUAAGUCAAGAUUGUCAGCUGAGCUGAAGGAUAGAUCCCAAAGCGCUAGGAUAGCUCAUGUAAUAGCGAGCUUGGAUCCAUGCAUCCUGGGACAGGGUUCAGCUAGCAGCGAUCUCCAUGUAGAUAUAACUAGGAUAGGGAAGAGGUCAGCAUCCAUUUAUGAGGAUGAUGUCCCUGCUCUCUCUCAUUCUUUUAGAUUCUUGCAUUUGAUGGAAAAUGAGAAGGGGUUCACUUACUCGAUCAGAGUACGAGCUGCCAAUUGCACAGCUUACAAUCACAUUGCUUGAAUGUGGAAAGGUUGCUCUGUCGCAGGCGCCUUCUGCGCACUCAAUUUUUUCUGCCAGACUCUGCAUGCAAGUUGCAUUAACCUUCUUACUGCCAAUUCUACUUCAAAAUUCCUACACUUUACCGAAUGGUGUAUUGAAAAAAAAAAAAGAAAGGUAAUGCGUCAAUUGAAAGGCAAGCGAUCUACAACUUGAAAUGAGGGAAUAUGGCCUUGAUUACUGGCACUAUUAGAGCUAUAUAGACAAACCCCAGGAAAACCAUCACGAAUCAUAGAAGUUCUUUCGGGUAGAUUGUUAUUUGCAAUGGAUGAGAUUGACGGUUCUCCAAAUGCUUUCAAACAAUUGUUAGUCACCUCUCUGUGUUGAGUAUGUUUGUAUUUUGAUUUAGGUUACCCUCUAUUUUGAGCAGGUUUACAAUUAGUUUAGAUUCAAAGUAUGGCUAUGCUGUGCUUUAGCUCUGUAAAGGAUGGCUGGAUGUCCUUGUGGCCUAAUUUAUGCAUUGCAGGUGAUAUGAAAAAUAUUCAUUUAGGAAAUUUGAGAAGGGAUAUCAAAAUGCCUUGCCAUCAGUCAACAGUGACCUGCAACAACCACCACAAUUAAGAGGCACCUUCCAUAUUAUUAUGGCAUUGUAGAUAGCCUACUGCAAUGAAGAGAAUAAGCUAGCCUGAAGAAAUGGAUAUUUGUGGAGGAUAUUAGCAAUUGAUAUUAAAUUGAUCAUGAUUUCUGCACCA